UGGAGAUAUGAGAACAGUCCACACGAGCCCGUGACACCCGAUUCGAUAGCGAUUUAGCCAGUUAGAGAGUCGCGCCAGCUAUUCUAGACGUUGUAUUCCCAUGAUGGAGAGUAGAGGAAGCAAUAAAGUUGUGUGCCCGGGCCGGAGUGUCGUGUCCGGGAAGAAAAUGUGUGUGUGGAUACGUGCGCGGUGUGACCGCGGUGCAGGGGGCCACUGACGUCGCCGUCGCCCGCUCCCUCCGCCCCUAGUGCCGUAGUGCCAAAUGUUUUGCAAUGUGAAAGUACGGAAUUGUGCCACGCGUGACCUUUCCCGUAGAUUUUCGUCUGGUUUGGUCGCGAUGCUGCGCUGCAUGAGGUUGUCGACAUGCAUACUGUCAAUGAAAUCAUAUCCAUUUUGGAGAAAAUCAAUAUCACAAAAGAGUUGUUGGAGACCACCCGACUGGGAAAGCAUGUGAACGAGCUCAGACGCAAAACCUCAGACCCGACCCUCGCCAGGCGCGCCAAGGUCCUGGUGAAGCGGUGGCGGGACCUCGUCAUACCUACACGCGCCUCACCUGCACAUACUGGAUCAAACCGAUCAUCAGCGGAGCGGACGGUACGUCGGCUCGGCGGGACACCGCUGACGUCACCAGCACUCUCUCUAUCACGGCAAGUGGUGAGCCCAGCAGUGCCCAGCCCGCGACCGCCGUCCAGGCCAGCGUGGGGUGGCUACGAGUCGGACUCGCAGGACGUGAUCCUGGUGGACGACGACCCCCCCGCGCCACCCGCGCCCGCCCCCGCCCCCGCGCCUGCGCUCAGCAACACCUGGAAACCCACUACACCUCCUGUCAAAAGGCCGCCGUCCCCGGAACCUGUACACGAUGAAAAGAAAUCGAAACGAGACAAAAAACCGAAGAAAAGAAGGGGUCACAGCCGCGCAGGCUCAGGCACGGAGACGACGACACCGGCGCCUCCGCCCCCCGCCCCGGCGUCCGCCCCCGCGGCCGCGGCGCCGCCCCCGGCCGCGUGGAGCGCCCGCAACGGGUCCCACGAGCGACGCCGGAACGGAUGUCGACGGGACCCUAUCGAUCCUUACGCUGCGCUUGUCAAUAGGAUACCUGCUGCUGGCUCCAAGAAGGUUCGAACAACAAAAGAGCUCCUCAAGGAAAUCCAGUCCCGCGGCAGUGUCCAGGUGCCGUCCCCAGGGUCCGCUGGCUCGCAGGACGACGACGUCGUGGUGGUCGAGGACACUGACUCGUACCCCGUCCGAGUGGACUCGCCGCUGCGCAACGGCGGCGGGUCGCGGCCCCCCUCCCCUAUGCCGCCGUCCCCGCCGCCCGCCGCGCCGCUGCCGCCGCUGGAGGACGAGCGGCCCGUGGUGGACUGCACCUGCGGGAAGGACGAGGAGGACGCCGCGUGCCCCGCGGCCGCGCGGCUCGGGGUGCUGCCCUACCACGUGCUCGCCCUGCACCACGCCUACCUCCCCGGCGUCAACGGCACGCGGGCCCCCACGCACCCGCACCAGUUCGCCGUCCGCAAGCUCACGGACCCCGAACGGCCCGACCUCUUCACUUCCGUCGUCCCGCUGUACAAGUACUCGGAUUACGCGGACGACUAUGUCGUGAAGAACAUGUCGCGGGUGCCGCUGUGCACGCACCUGCCGUGGACGGAGUUCGCGCCCCCCCCCCCCGACCCGCCGCCGCCGCCCUCGCCGCCCCCUCUACGGCCGUACCCCGUCGACACCGACGACGUGAAACAAGAAAUAGAGGACGAAGAAAGUCAAGACAGCAGAAGCGGCGACGAUGUGAAAAGUGACAUACCCGAACUGAAAAAGGAAGUGAAAGUGGAAUAUAAGUGCUCUAUAGAACCCGAAAUAGUGUCCCUCCCGAACUUGGAGCCGAGCGAGAGACUGAAAGCGCCGCUGCUGUCCACCGAGGACGCGACGCAGUUCGGCGAGGGCGCGCCCGUGCCGAUGGACGUCGCGGACGAGUUCAAGUGUGAGCAGCGGGACCACCGGACGGUCGAACGGACGAAAGUCGAGCUCGACGGGAGGACUCUGUACGCGUUGUGUGAGACGGCGUUGACGUCGGUGCCGUACACGUACGCGCAGACGUCGCAGGCGCCCGUGGUGACGCUGCCGCGAGAGGUGGAGGGCGCCGCGGACGGGCCGCAGGUGCUGCAGGCGGCGCUGGGCGCGGCCGCGGCCGACUCGCCCGUGGACCAGCUGGGCCGCCCGCCGCGCCCGCACCAAUUCACCGAGUGGCACGAGUGCGCCAAGCUCGGCGACCUCAUCGCGCUGCCGUACGUCGUCAUCGACUGACGCGUCCCUGUGAUACUCCCUCGUGCUAAGUCAGUGAUGAAGUGCCAAAUUGUCGGGGGCUCGCGCGCUUGUAUGUCCAACGACUGGCUCCGCAGCCGGUUACACCUUGUUUGUGUCUUGAAAGUCAUCAUUUAGAAAGUCUAGCGACCUAUUUUUUACAUUCUUGCCGUGUUUACUUAUGAAUUUCAUUUUUCAACUUCAAGUUGAAGUAACAUUGCAUUUAUUUCGUAUAUAAAGUCUUAAGAUGUAACAAACUUGCGAGUAAAGACAUACAAGAUUCGUGUGGCCCCUACGGUCCGAGGACGCCCGACCAAAGCUUCCGAUGUCUCACAAUGUUCCAAGUGUCCUUACAUAGUGUUUAAGGGUAACUCGUGUAUAUAAGAGUGUUAGACUAAGUGCUCGAAUAUGUACAUACAGUGAGUAAGUUAGUGAAUGUAGAUAGAACUGAAACAAUAAUGGUGCGCGAUGGAACAGUGUUCUAGAAAUUCGAUCCAGGAUUAAAGGUAAGGCAGGCUUGGCAACUUUUCCUUUUAAAAAGGUCAAAUAUAUCCUCCAUACUUUUGCGUUAAUAUACUCAGAAUGACUUUCCUUUGAAUGGUCUACUAUUUCAGUUUAAUAACACCUGUUUUAAAAUUCUUUCAAAACUCACCCUAUCUUACUUUUGUCUUUUACUCAACUUCAGUCGAAAGAAUAGUAUAAUUCGAUAUCUAUCAUUUGUACAAAAAGUACAUUAAGGAAUGUACAAAAAUAACUAAUAUAUAAAAUAUUAUUUAUUGUCUUUGUAAGGGCUAAAAGUUGCUAAGUGUGUCCGUUAUACAGAAUUUUAGUUUAUGGAACCGUUUCUAGUACGUACAAGUUGAUAAGGGUUGCAUUUGAGGCAUGCGCGGCGAAUGAGAUAUAACUGUUUCAACUGAAAUAAAAAAGUUAUAAAAGAAAUAGACCUGAAGAAUGGUUUACUCGUUUAGUCUAUUUCAGAGAUGCUUUUCGGAGAUUUAGAUUUUUAUAUGUAAAUCAUCACGAACAGUAAUUGUCGGAGAUUUACUUUGACUCAUACUCUUCUAUAAAACUACUUUUAGAAUGUCUUCCAUAUUGGAAGGAGUUUCAAUCGUUUUCCUCCUCAUUGGUCUUGCAAGCACCAUGCGCGCCCUCUGCCGACUGUGAGGUACAUCGACCGCGGGCUCGCACCACUCGCCGUGCACACGCUUUUAAAUUUUUAAAAGAUUUAUUUGUCGUAUAUUUGUUGUACCACAUCUGUCAAUACUUCAUCACACUUCCCUAUGCUUCUAGCCUUCUAUCUUUGGAACUGCACGCCUCGUCGAUUCAGCCGUGUGCGGUCGCUUUCUCUCGCUCUAGCAAAUGACGGUUCUGACUAAGAGAAAAGGAUGGCAUAGGAAAGUGCUGUGUAUGAGGUACUGGCAUGGUUCAACCGUAACAUUUAGUCACGCGUCCACUUCAUCGUGUUUUAGUCAUAUAUUUAUUUUUAAUUUCUUUUAGGCGAAAAAAAUUCUAAACCGGUGGAUCCAGUUGUGAUAUUAUUGUACUGCGAACGAUUCCAAAAGCUCGAUAAACUUUACUGUGUUAUUUCUACACUGCUACUAUUCGAUCCACCAAAAAAAUAUUUGUAUAAGAAAUUUUCCAAGACAAAAAUCUCUUAGACUGUUUCAUGUUGAGUUAUCUUGUUACCGAAUGUGAUUUAUAAAGAGAAAAUUAGGUAAUUAAUAAUAGGAGUUCCAAUUGUAUAUUAUACAUAUAUAUUGCUAUAUCGAGUCAGAAUAUCAGAUGUGAGGUAAUUUAUAAUAUCCUGCAACGUUUAACGUAUGACCACUGUACAAUUAUCAAUGUUUGAUUAAAUACUUAAAAUUAAUUAAGUUCCGGCUUAUAGGUGCACUCUCACUUCACUAUGAAGUCGUAAUGUGCGUUGCACUGUAAAGUGUGUCUAUAAGCUAGAUACUGUUGAGCAGAAGCAGGUAGCCUGGUUUGACAGGGCGGUUUCAGUAGAAGGUACUACCAACAUUAUUCGUACAAAAUUAUAAUAAUUAAUACGCCAAUGGCGCCAAUAUUGACACGAGAUUAUGCCAUUGUGUAGAUGUCCACCAUUUGAUAUUGAGAGUAACCUUUUUCCCGAAACUGUUCUUAUAUAAAACUACAAGUUACAAUGGGAGUUUUCUUCAUCUAUACCAAAUAUAAUUCGUAGAUAUGAUGAUUUAGACCUAAAAAUAUCAGUUCAGAGAUUCCCGAGAAUUCAUCAUUAUCCAUUAUCACCUACCGUUAUCCCGUUUCUCACGGGGUCUAACUCGAAGAUUCGACAGUUUCGGUUGUUUUCUAACAAUGUUUAGCAAAUGCGUUUUUGUCUUUUGUAGUUAUAUGAUAUAUCGGACCACAAUUACCAUAAAUCUUCCGUUUUAAAUUGGCAUCUGCGAAGUCUGCAGGACAACCGCGGCGCGGCGCGAAUUAUAUCGAGGGCUUCGACCAAUAGAAGCAGCGUAUACUAUCUACGUAGAUAAACAUCGGACGGCUAUUGGUCGAAGCUCGCGGUUCCCUUAUCGCGAGAGCAGGUGGCUCUUGUAUAAAUUGAAACUGCCUAUGAGAUUCAAAAUUAAACUCCAGUUUUUUUUAUCGUCACCAUAAUGCCGCAUUUUAUAUGCAGACUAACAAACUAACCAAACUAAAAACACACAACAAACAAAAAACAAACUAUCCAAACUUGGCCUGUCAAACUAUGCUCGCUAAUCUUAGGAUUUGGGUGUGUUUACCACAACUUAGCGGUCAACUGCUUUUCUACUAUAUUUUUUUACAUAAAUGGCAACACAUUAACCUAUACAGUGUUGCUAGUAAGCUUUAUACUACUAGUUUAUAAAAUGGACUCUGAUACCCAAUCAUGAAAUUAUAUUUUUCCAAUUCUCAAUUGGGUUUGGACCAAUGUUUGUAUUUGAACUUGGAAAAUUAUAGUUUUAUGUAUUGGUUUCGCAUUGUUUGUUUUAGAAAUGGACCAUUUUGUCGUAAGCGCUUUGGAAAAUCACCAGGCUCGAUUUGUUACAAUUAAUUUCAAUCCAGGGUAAAAUUUUACACCACAUAUUUUAUCUGGAUUGAGACUAGCAUGUCUAUUACGAUGUUUUGUUAACAAAAAUCACAUUUGGGUUUUUUAAAAGCGCUUACGUGGUUUUCGCUAUAAGGCGAACUUUUGUCCCAUUCACAGGGAUCUUAGAUUAAAGUAGUACAUAUUACUUUAACACUGUCCAUAAUGAAGACUAUUUUUCGCUACAGUAGUGUUAAACAUACCCGUAGAUAGUACGAAACGAUUGUCAAUAAAGUCGGGCGCUCGUCAUGUGGUGUGGCCACGGAAUGGAAGAAAAAGGUUGGAAGGCCCUAGGGAGCGCUCCACUAACGCCAUACAAGCAAAUAGUUCAUACUUCAACUUUGCACUCCACUCGUCCGCAACCUUUACGACGCACGGAGCUUCGCGAUAAUAUACUAAAAGGUCGGCUUGUGUGUUGUAACCUGCAGGGCAAAAAGUCAAUUAUCAAGUAUCAUGCAAGGAGAUCCCUCCUUAUCACAGGAAAGCUAAAAAAACCUAGGCAGAAAAAAAUACUUUCGUAACCAGUAACUUACGAAAUGUAGAAAUAAAAUUGCUGCCUAUCACAUAAAAUAUACAUUGCCGGUAAAGUGGCUAUAAAAUUUAAGCAGUAGAGUUGUCGUGGUUUUCUGUUUGCAGGAGUAGUAGUAAAAGAGAGUAGGGUUGAACCGGCGACAGCGGUUCUCAUACAAAAUUAGGUCCUUCCCAACCUCUUUCCUCUAUACCGUGGGUGUGGCCCACAGAAUGUUGUAUUGUGACUGUUUUUGUUAAGUGAUGGUAAAUGUUGGUGUGGGCUUUGGCUAACUCAGUGGAUCUGUUCUUACUCAUUGGAGUUAUCACAAAAUGUAAACUAUAAAACUACUAUUUAGUAUUUUUUUGGGUUAUAAAAUAGCAACACUGUUUUGACUACGCGAUGUGAUUGGAGCGUUUUGUUUUAGUGUUGCCAAUUUAAGUUGAAAAAUUACAAAAUAGUUCUAUGUGUGAUUUUACUAUAAGAGAUGAUUGUAAAUUGUUUCAUUCUGUUGUUUUUGUUUAUUAUCCAAUCAAUAUCAUGAUUUGUGAGUAAAAUAACUCAUUAACCGUUUGAAAAGUAAGUUCACAAUUUACUAAAAUCAAUAUAAACUUGACGCGUUUUGUUAUUGUUAAGUUUUUGUUGUAUUUAUAUUGUUUCAAGUUAUUAUCGUCCUUGAGUUGCUUUGAAUUUUAUUUUUCAUUAGGUUUAUAUUGCAAAGGGUUUACUUAUGAUGAUUUUAGAAAGAUAUGGUGCUGAUUCUGGCGGCCAAACUUAUUAAUUUUAUGUGCAGCUCUAAAAAUAGUGCCGUUGACUUCACUUCACUUACGAUAAGUGCAAGAAAGGGAUGGAGCUAUUAUUAGAACUAUCGUACCGAAGUUUAGAGCGACAAGGAUCUUUUGACGCGUGGCCUAAAUCGGAACUAAUGUCGCAGUCUAAAAACUGCCUAAUUCGUUGUUAUAAGUUGAGAUGGUUCAUACUGGCACAUUAUACAUAUACUUGUAUUGAAACUCCACCGAUUCUUACCCGUUAUCCUUGCCGACCUAAAAACUGCCAGAUUCAGUACUAUUGUAAGGGUAGAUCCACUGAUUAUAGCUGAUGCAUCGAAGGCCUUAGCGAGGGCGACCCGAGUGAGCUUGUAAGGAACGUGCAGACUGCCUUGUUGGACGAGUAAAUUUUGGUAAAAUAUAAAAGCAAAAUAUAUGUGUUUUUAUUACGA